CUAGCUUUGUCUUGCUACUACCUAGCACGACUCUCCUCAGAUUCCUCCACACACUCUACUCUCCUCACAACACUAAUAUGAGGAGAAAACAGUGUAGCAGCAGAAGAUGGCGUCUCCCACACCUGCUGUACUCGCCCUUCACUAUACACACACUUGUAUGCUAUAUAACUCAAAUUAAUACACACCAUGUAUACUAUACAACUCACAUUAAUGCACACUAUAAAUUGUUGCCCCUCAAGGGAGGUUCCUUGAUGCUGGUGAGGAGGUUUUGGUACAAGGAAUUGGAUCUUCUCUCCCCAGUUAAUACAAAAUGGAUGGUAGCCAAUACUGCAUAUUGUGGAAUAACUACCAUGGUUCUCUGGUGAACACAUUGAGUGGUUUACGGCGGGAAGGUGAUCUGGUCGAUGUCACAGUUGUUUGUGGUGAUGGCAACAAAAUUCGUGCACAUCAGCUUGUUCUAGCAGCAUGUUCGUCUUAUUUUCGAGAUUUCUUAAGGGACAAUCCUUCUAAACAUCCCAUUGUGUUGUUGCCUAUGGAGAUUCGUUAUCCUGAACUGAAAGCCAUGGUGGACUUCAUGUACUCAGGCCAAGUAUGUGUAAACCAGGAGCGUCUUCAGGCAUUUAUACGUGGUGCUCGAUAUUUACGAAUCAAAGGCCUUGAGGACAAUGCUGAUGAUAGUGAUAUUGAGGAUAUGGCACCAGAAAUGGAAAAUGAAAAGGCAACAGUUGUAGGAGUUCCUACUCCAAGUGGUGUACCAGCAGGUAGUGGAGGAGAUAGUGCUGCUACAACUACUGUCAAGGGGCGACGUGUAAAAGAUCAUCGCUACACACAGCACGUGGAUUUAGGUGACUCUGAUGAGAACCGCGAGAAGUGGGAAGUUGUAGAACGCAAGCCUGUUAUUCUCCCACGGUCGCAACCUCCAUUGCCUCCUG